AUAUUUUAAAUGGUCUUUGCGGUGUCAAAUCUACUCUGGAUAUAUUACAGGAUACUACCCCCUGGCAGCCAACGUGUGCACACCGGAAUUAGCAGCCCAAUGUUAGUUAAAUUAUCAUUAUGCACAAAUUUCAUGAUAUUCUAUUAAAUACUAUUUUACUGUGUUUUUUUGAAAGUACAACGUUUUAGAUGACUAUUUUUUCAUGUAAACAAAAAACAUUCAAAAUGAUUUUGAACAUUUGGGGUGGGAUAUAUUUCCAUCCCUUUCUAUGCAAGCGCAACACGCAAAAUAUAUUGAUAAUAACAGCUUUCACAGACAGACCACGGCCAAAGAUAUUUGCACCCGAGUGUUUUUCGUGACAAACGUGAUCACAGAAACAAUUAAGAUCGUAAAUCAAAGCUUCAAAUGGAGAAAGAGCAGAGUGAGACAUCCUUCUUAAACUAGGCUGGUUUCGACGAAGCGCCCGAGGCAAGUAAACACACGUCCGUGGUAGAUUACUCAAAUUAAUUUGGAUAACUCCAAUAAACUUUAAUGAAUCAAGUAUGAUCCUUAUCAUGACAGAAAUUUACCGUAUGGGGAAAAAUAAAGAAAGAAACACGUGACAAUGUGGCGCUUUUGGCGCAUAUAAGGCACGUCACAUUAAAAAAUUUAAGGUACGUCACACACAAAUAUAAAACUUUCACUUGUGGAAUAAUAUAACAUUAUUAAAUAAUUUCAAAGGCGUUCGUAUGUGAAAUCGUGUUAAAGUAUGAAAUGAAUGACUCCGCUGUGACGUCGUCAAGCCCGGGAUGAAUGAAGGCGGAAAUGAAAAAAAAAACCACGGCUGUCCCGUCCCUCACGUUUCUGGCCCUCUCGACCUCGUACACCACUCCGCCUCCUUUGUUAAAAAAAAACGCACACACGCAAGAAGGGGUGGGAGGGGAAGACAAAAAUGAAGUCAAUUAUACAAGUCGCCGGCUUUUCGCGGCUGCCUCCUCUCUCGCUCGGCUCCUCCACAUGCGCCGCGGUGCACCGUAAAGCCUUCACCCGGACAUCGGCUCCUCUCGCGCGGCCAUGUCGGACGGAGGCUCCGUGGGGACCGCGGACCACCUGGCAGGUGGCAACGCGGAGGAGGACGGGCCGAGCCAAGCGAGCGCGUUGCUGCCUGCCGCCGAGCUGCUGAGGAAGCGCAAGGGUAAUGUGGAGGACAUGUUGGACACCCUUGUGCACCAAGGUCUUGACUUCCAAAUGGAUGGAGACCUCAGCAGAUCAGAAGAUGAUCAGCAAGCCAAAAUGAAAUGCUUCCGGCAACCUCACCGGCAGAUUGAAAAGCGGCGGCGAGACAAAAUGAACAACCUCAUCGAUGAGUUAGCCACCAUGAUCCCCGCCUGUCAGCCCAUGCCACGGAAACUGGACAAACUCACUGUUCUGCGGAAGGCUGUACAGCAUCUAAAAGCCCUUAAAGUAGGGUCAGGCAGCACCUUCGCUAAUGUCGCCUGUAAGCCUUCCAUCGUUCCUCAUGAUGAUCUCAGGCACCUUUUGCUCAGGGUUGCGGACGGUUUCCUGUUAGUUGUGAGUUGUGACCGAGCGAAAAUUUUGUUUAUCUCGGAAUCCGUCUCCAAGAUCCUCAGCUUUAGCAGGGUGGAGCUGACAGGCCAAAGUCUGUUCGACUUCAUCCACCCCAAAGACAUUAGCAAGGUGAAGGAGCAGCUGUCGUCGUCCGAGCUGAACCCGCACCAGCGCCUCAUUGACGCUGCCACUGGCGCCCCUGUCCACGCAGACACCCCCGUCACGGCAUCUCACUUGUCCACGGGAGCCAGACGCUCCUUUUUCUGCCGUAUGAAGCACAACCGGGGGGAGGGAAAGUACAAGGACAAGCGCACGCUGCCCACCGCUUCCAAGAAAGACUCGAGCAGAUACUGUACCCUCCACUGCUCCGGGUACAUGCGCAGUUGGCCAAGGAGCGACCUGGACUCGGAGACCGACGGCGAGAAGGUCACCACGGGCCUCACCUGUCUGGUGACUAUGUGCCGCGUGCAGGCCCACGCGUCCUACCAGCCCCCCAAAGACGUCAAAGUCAAGCCCACGAAGUUUGUGACUCGCUGUGCCAUCGACGGCAAGUUCACUUUUGUCGAGCAACAAGCAACGACUGUCAUUGGUUAUCUCCCGCAAGAAAUUUUGGGCACGUCUUGUUACGAGUACUUCCACCAGGAUGACCUGCAGCACCUUGCAGAAAAACACAGGCAAGUUCUGCGCAUCAAAGAGAAGCUGGAGACAAAGUGCUACAAGUUCAAAACUAAAUACGGUCCCUACGUUUCACUCCAAAGUCAGUGGUGUAGUUUUACGAACCCUUGGACCAAAGAAGUCGAGUUUGUUGUGUCGUUAAACCGGGUUGUCUCUAGGGGGCCCAGUCACACAAAAGAUGAUGAGGCAGCAGGCAGCGCCAAAGGACCUCAGGAAUCAAAACAGUUACCCAUUAUUCCAGGCCUCACGAGCAACGUGGGCAAAAUGAUCUACGCAGGCAGCAUUGGCACACAAAUUGCCAAUGAACUCAUCGAUUCCUACAGGGCAAACUCAUCUCCAUCCAGCGCUGUGUCCAGUCCGUUUGGUGCAGCCCAGAGUGUGACAGAAUCUCCGCAAGCAAGCAGAAGCCUGUCGAGCCAAGAGGAGGAAGCAGGAAGUUCCUCUGAGUCGAAGACGGAAGCAGUCCCCAGCGCUUUGGAAAGUACAGGCGACCCGUCCCAGCAGGACUUGGACAGCAUGCUGGUGCCGGGCCUCAGCAGCUUUAGCAGCGAUGAAGCGGCCAUGGCGGUUAUCAUGAGCUUAAUAGAGACGGAUGUAAACAUGGGCCAGUCGGGGGACUUGGACGACUUACACUGGCCCUUCUGAGCCCCCCCACUUUCACCUCGCUAUCCAACCCACCACGAGCCCCCCCCCCCCCCCCCCCAAAAAAAAGUACACCCAAGGACACGUAGUCUUUUUAAGGAAAUGGCACUUGGACUGAUCUGUCUUCCGGUGGGAUUGAAAGGCAGAUUCCCCCUCCCCCCCUCCCCAUUCUGGCUUGACUAUGGGGAAAUUCGGCUGAGGAUCUGCAGUGCCGCUAGAUGAACAACUUUUUAUUUUUUUGUCACACCAUAGCCAUCACCAAAUAUAUUUUUCUUUCCACCUGGUUUUUGGGUGCAGUCAUUCAAGACUCUUUAUGCAUUGUGCAAAUAUGGACCCGAUGCCUCAGGCCUUAAUUUACAGCCCAGACGCCAUCACGGCUGCUCUCCCCGUUAAACUGCAAAGCCAAUUUCAUGUCGUUCGGAAAAUUAAAAACAUGUUGGGGUGGGGGCUUGAAGAAUGUGGGGUUGCAGCAGAACCCUUCUGCCUGCAAAAUCAUAUGAUUAUGAUACGAGCCUCCUCCAAACCCGAACAACUUGGUUUUGUUUUCAGAAGCAUGCAUUUUUAGAAUCCAAAUUCACCUAGCAAGUUAUUUCUUUGGGUGCAUAUGCGAUCGAAUUUUAAUCGGCUAAUAUUUUAGGACCUCUCGGUGGCAUAUUCGUUAUUUAAGCCUUUGAGGCACAGCGGUUACGACAGUGGACAGCUUACCACCUUAUCAGGUUACAGGGUGCAGGAAAGGGUUAAUGUCACAUUUUUAUUGAUUGUCAUGGCUAUAUAUGGGCCAACACAUGCUAACGCAGUCAAAAUGUGUCUGGCGGCUCACUGUUUGGGUUUGUACCGGAAUAAAUGUAACGAUCUUUCAAAAAUAUCACAUUUGACUGGAAUUGACAAAAAUUGGCAGGCAAAUUUAUUGUAUGAUAGUACAAAUAAGAUUUAAUUUAAAAAUGUUACUCCACAUUAGUGGCGUGAAAUGAAUUUAAUGACAUCAUAUUUGGUCCUAAUUGGCUUUGCCCCAGUCCACUUUAUGCUAAUUAAAACUAGCAAUAAAUUUUAUUUAUUUAUUUAUUUUUGCUUGAGCAAAAAUCGUAACGCCAUACACCGGUUAAAUCGAAAGAUAUUAACUGUACGGUAAUAGCGGUCAAAUUCAAAUCCAAAUCAGUGUGAAAUGAAGCUAAAAAGGGCUUUCGGAGCUGGUCUCAAAAGACAAAAUACCAAAUGGUGAAUGUGCUGUCAAAAGAAUGUAUGUCAAUGACAUAUCACUGAGUGUAAAGGUGAGGCGGUUUUGAGGUUACUUGCUGGGCGGUUAGAAGAAUGUUUCCACUUCGAAUGCGGCCAUAACAAAACAAAACAAAAUGGGUAAAUGUACGGGGAGAAAAGACUUGAAAGCCUAAUAUGUAUUUAGUAGGACAUUGUUUACUGAGCGUUUUUUCCCAGGUGCAGAUCGCCGCUUGAAAGGCACAUUCUCUAUUGUCUGGAUGCGGCUUUCCACUUAUUUAAUAUUGUCUGUUUGUCUGUUGCCGAAUGUCCCGGUACCCACAACAGCCUUUUGUGAACUCACCGUCGGCCUAUCUCAACUUUUUUGCUACUGAGAAUAUGCAACAUGGUUCCGUGCACAUUUAUUCACUUGAAAUCCUACCAGAGCACACCAGACGAAAGGAGACAUUUGGAGGAUGGGA